CUACGUUCAAAAUUAUAAAAUCAUUGUAUUUUCAUCGCAUACGAUGAAGAGUAUGAAGACAAAGACGCAAAUAAAUAGGAUAGAAACGGCCGUAGCAUACCGCUCAUGUCUCGGUUAUUUCCCAGGUUUCUUGGCUUCCCAGAAACACAAAAACCAAAAAAAAAAGCCUUUGCCUUGCUCUGAUAAUUUAGGUACUUCGUCGUCCCCCUUUUCUCUCUGGCAACGACAGCGACAAAGGGACGCGGGAAGCAACAUAACUCCAGAAGCUCUCACCAAAUUUCCCAUUAUAACUUUCUCCUUUCACCUCUCCAAGCUCAUGUCAACGAGUUCUAUCUCUUUCUUUUUUUCUGUUUCUGUCAUUCGAAUUAAAUGACGUCGUUUUUGAAUCCUCAGACCUGUCCUUAACGUGUCGAAUCUUUCUUUCCUUCGUCACGCCUUCCAAGCCAAGCACCGCCCUUCCAUUCCCUUCCCCCAACCGCCAACCAUCUUAUUUCCUUACAUUUAAUGCGAAAAAAUUCAAAAAACAAAAAUCUUCUUUUUUUUUUUCUUUGCCUUAAUGUCUGAUUAUUUUGAAUUUAUAGCACUGACUUUUCUUGAAGUUAGUUCCGAUUCUCUUUUCUCCCCCGUUGAUUUUUUUUUCUCUUUCUGUUUCGCUACGCUUUUAUUUUUUUCUUUGUUAUGAAGUUCAAAAGUUAUUGUUUCCUUCGUUUUCUCUCCCUUUCCUCUCUUCCAUUUUCAUGGAAUUCCUUUCUUCAAGUGAUUUGCCAUAAUUUGAAAUCAAAACGGAGCUUAUAGCAUUGUUUUGAUGGGGAAACACGAUGAUACACGCUCUGUUUUUCCUUUAACCAGUCUCCAAAUCGGAGAUUUGCAGUCUUAUCUUUCUGAUCUUAGUCUUUUCCUGGCCUCUGAAAGUAACAAAUUCUACAUUUUGGUGGAUAACCGGCCAUGGCUUAGAGACUUAGGUUCAAGGCCAGCUCACUUGUGGCAAUUGAUGGUUACCAAGUCCAGGUUAUCUCCUUUUGCUAACACGAAAGGUCGUAGGGAGAGAAAGGAGGGAAAGGAAGCUUCUUCCAAAGCAAAUGCUAAAGAUUCGAAGAAGUUUGAGAGAUGGUUCUCUUUGAUUGAUGCUGCAACAUUGUCGAAAAAGAGGGUUUUGUUACCUGUUAAGAAACUGAGAACCUCUUUGCUUCUUAGCAGUGAGCUGCAUAGGAUAUUGUAUGGUUUCAUUGUGUUUGAAGUUGCAUGGUCCAAUGUUCAAGGUCUUAACUACUUAAAUGAGCUUCAGGUCUUUGCUCUUACUGAUACCUCUCUGGCUAUAGAGGCUAAGUUCAUGCGAAGAUGGGAAUUUGACAGCAUUGAUCAAGCAGGAAGCUGCAUAGCUUCAUGGUUCUCCGGAACAUUCUCAGAGCAGCGUUGUUUGAAACAGUACCUGGAUUUGACAAUUGGAGAGGUCUUCUAUGAUGCUGAAGAAGAUUUUCCAAGCCCAAUCCCUUUUGAUGAUGAUGAUGAGGAAAAUAUAUAUGAUGAUGGUUUCAACACUGAGGAUAACUUCCCCCGUGAUCAUUGUGGCAAUUUCUGGGUGUGCCCUGCAACCAUGGACUGUGAAACUUUUGAGCCACACACUCCUCCUCCUACUGGGCCUUAUAAGAGAAGGAAAGUAACUAAGGCAAUCAGUACUGGAGUUGAAGUUGAUGUUUAUUGUGAGGAAACCCAAAGGCAAUCUGAAAACUCAUUAGACAAGUCUAAUGAAAAUGCAGUCGAAGCUACAGAGUACAGGGAUGUUCUUAUUUUGUUUAGAUUUGAUGAUAGAGAUCUCCCAUUUAAAUUACAACAAAUAAUAACGCCUGAUCUGAGGUUACUUCGUUUAUUGGAGGCUGGUCUUCCAUCUUGGGUCAUUUUCCUUCAAUCAUAUCCUGGCUUUUGCCAGAUCUAUCGCCCAUGGAUGUGCCCCCUGGCCAGAGCUCUAUAUGUUUUGAUUUCAAUCAUUACUGUUCUAAUAGGAUUUUAUGAUUUAUACAAAAAUGUCCCUGUUCUUAAGGCAACUGCUUCUCGUUUAUGUGGGCCACUUUUUGAUUGGAUAGAAACCUGGGAGAUGGUAUCCAGGAUCAAGUACUUGGGAACUAUGCUAUUUCUACAUAACUUUCAGAAGGCUGUGCAGUGGUUUUUGACAGUUACCCGUGCUACUCGGUCAUUUUUCUCUUUCCUUUAUCUGCCACUGGCAGAACCGUUUAUGGAGGUUUUGGGCUACGUUUUUCCAGUUUGGAAUAUGUUCAGUGAAGUAAUGGAAAGCUUCUUUUCGGCCAUAUGGAUUGUGAUUGGUUCUCUCAUGGAAGUUGUUCUGAUGCCUAUAUGGUUUAUUGUCUUAGUUCUCCAGAGCAUUGCAACUUCUAUCCUUUUUCCUAUAUUUUGGAUUCUAUGGGAAAUACUUUAUGCACCAGUACGCCUGGUCCUUGCAUUAGCCAGUUUUGUGGCUUUUGUGUGUGGCUUCAUCUCUGAUUUGGGUGGAGACGUAUGGCGGUCUUUAGGUAGCAUACUUCGGCUUGCUUCAGCAUCUGAAGCAACAGUGAGCACGUAUGAAGUUUCCAUGUGGCGAUCACUUUGGAAUGACCUUUUUUCCCAGGUUUUUCGUGCUGUCAGAAGUAUAUUAAAUGGCUUUGUUGCCUUCUUCACAGCCUGCAACAGACAUCGCCUAAGCAUUUAUAAUCAUGUACAAUAUUUUAUUCGAAGACCAUUUGGUGGAGCCUCAAGAUCUCAAACCUCAGAUCAUAGACGAAGUAAAUCAACUCGUGGAAAUCAAUAUCAAUCAGAAGCGAGGAGGAGAGUCCAUAGUAAAUAUAGUCCUCGUACAUUGUCAUUUUGAGCUUAGAAGAAGCAAGAAGGAUGCAAGAGAAGCCAUGGAAAGGAGGGGAAAGAAAAUAUCACCGGUACAGGUUAGAGAUAAUUUCAUUCAUUUAUUUUCUUUGUUC